AGAAAAAACACGUGGCACUCUUUCUCUUCCCACAAACCAUCUUCCCAGAUCUCAUUCCAAAAUCCCAACCCCAAAAAUCUAGGGUUACAAUAACCCCCAUUCCCAAAUCUCUCAAAAAAUCCAAACAAUGUCUAAAAUCUCUUAUUCCGGCAUCCCAACCACCACAUCUCCGCCGUCUUUCAUAACUCAAGCUCAUUCCCACACCGUUAACUUCAUCGCCAAACGCCGCCCAUGGCCACUCUUCUUCGAUCACACCGCCUUUUCUCUCCCACUUACCUACCAAGACGCUAUUUCUCGUAUCAAACAAAACCUUAAUUAUUUUCAAGUCAAUUAUUCCAUGAUUAUGUUACUUAUUAUUUUCCUUAGCUUAAUUUAUCAUCCUGUUUCUAUGAUCAUAUUUUUAGUAGUAUUUGUAUUGUGGGUUUUUUGUUACUUUUAUCGCGAUACGCCUGUUAUGGUUUUUAACCGUGUGGUUGACGAUAGAGUUGUGUUUGUUUGUUUGAGUUUGUUGACUGUUUUCGCGUUAGCGUUUACUAGCGUUGGAAUGAAUGUUUUCGUUGCGUUGGUUGUCGUGGUCGUUGUCGUUGGGUUGCAUUCGGGUUUUAGGUGUCCUGAUGAUUUGUUUUUGGAUGAAGUUGAUGCCGUUGAAGGCGGUUUGGUUUCUGUUGUUGGUAGUGAUAAUGAUGGAAGGUCGUCGUUGAGUUAUAGCUUACGUUGAUCGAGUGUUGGGUUUUUAACGAUUUGAUGUUGUUGUUUUUAUAGCGUUUGGCGUAUCAGGGGAGUAAAUGUAGUUUGAUUUUGUGUUUUGAAAAACUUGUUUAAGGCAAAAGAACCAUUAACUUAAGGUUCAAUCCGAGCUUUUUUUUAGUUGUUCCUUCGUUUAGGUUGGAUUAGACUGAAUGUUUCUUGUAAUGUUGAUAGAAUAUGUUAUCGUACUAUGUUUUAGCUUA